AUGAUCCAGUCCUUCAUCAACAAGUCACUGCGCAAGAUCCUCAGAAUCUGGUUGCCAGAGAAGAUCAGCAACCAAGAACUUUGGCAAAGAACACAACAGCUACCACCUCCCGUGCAAGUCAUCAAUAGAAAAUGGACAUGGAUUGGGCACACCUUACGAAAAGAUCCAGAAAACAACACCCGAGAAGCUCUACAGUGGAACCCACAAGGCAAGCGAGCGAGGGGACGUCCCAGAAACUCAUGGCGAAGAUCAACCAUGGAAGAGAUUACUAAAGCUGGUUACUCCUGGAGCACCAUUGUACAACACACCCAGAACCGGCUGAUGGAUGCGCAGGUGAUGGUCAUCUUGCGGGGGUGGUCACUCUUGGUCCCGGACUUCCGGGACAGUCAGAUGUCUGGCCAGCCUGGUUGA